AAUCGGAGUAAUUCGUAUAUCACAACCAAUAGGGCGUUUUGAAAGCUGUAAAGUUGCUUAUUACUAGAGAUACAGAACGGAGCUAGGCUGAAUGUCUGAGAUAAAGAAGCUAAAUACUUGUUCAUAAUCCCAUACGAAAGAAAAAAAAAGGUUCACCCACACAAACGAACAUAUGACGCAUACUUGUGUAUUUCCCCGUGUCCGCACGCGGCGCGCACACACGCGCGCGCGAGUUCACCGCCAUUCAUUCUCGUCGGCAGAUGGCGGAUGCAGUAGACGCCCUCCGCUCCGACCGUCAGUCGCGCAUAGACAACCGAUCGAGCACAGUGUUUUCGCUCAGCACCAUUUUGUGUGUAUCGUUUCGAACGGGACAUUGUGUGUAUGUGCUCCGUGAAUAAUCGACUAUCACGAACUAUUAGUGUCGAGUCGAAUACAGUGUCUCUCUUGCGAUAUGCCCCCGCGGGGUUCGAUGAGAUAUCUCGGGCGCCCGUAGAAACCGCGCCUCCGUCAUGAGCGAGUAAUCGUCGAGCGAGCGACGUAAAAAAAGUUAACACAGGAAACAUGUCUCGGCGGACCGCCGACGCGGAUGCGAGCGAAGGGUUCGAAAUUCGAAAGCGGUCAUGUCAUCGCCUCUCGGAUUUCGUAUAAGUCACCGUCCAAUGUCAAAAUCGUGCACGUACCGCGAGCGCCGAUACGGGAGCCGCGUACCCUCCGGAGCGUGCGGAAAAUGCAAUCGUUGAUAGUUUGGUGGGCGGUGGUGUCAGCGGCCUGGGCGCUGGCGGGCGCGUGCUCGAGCUCCAUCUCCAAGCGGCCGGCGCGGCCCGCGCGGCCCGUCGCCGUCGCGCCCGCCCGCCCGCCGCCGCAGCCGAGGCUCAACGUCACCUUCCCCACCUUCAAGUGCGAGCCCGACUACUCCGAGUACUACUGCCUCAACGGCGGCGUGUGCUUCACGGUGGUCAUCUCGGACAGCCCCAUCUACAACUGCGAGUGCCGCAGCGGGUUCGUGGGGCAGCGCUGCGAGUUCAAGGACCUGGACGACUCGUACGUGCUGACGAGCCGGCAGCUGAUGAUGGAGACGGCGUCCAUCGCCGGGGGCGCCACGGUGGCGGUGUUCCUCGCCAUUCUAGUCUGCUUCGGCGCGUGGGUGCGGCUGCGGAGGCGCGCGCCCGCGCCCAAGGCGCCCGAGAGCGGGCUGCCGGCGCGCGUGCAGCUCGUGGCGCUGGCGCCGCCCGGCCGGCCCGCCGCCGUGGCCGUGCACCCGCCGAGACCGCCCGACCGGCGCUGAUGGACGCUAGUGCGAUAAGUGUUAAGUUAUGUGGAUUGAACGAGAAUAUAAGAAAAUUUAUGUGAUAAUUAUUUUACGAAGCUUAUAAUUUAUUCGGAAGGAAUCUCUUUUGUAUAUACCGGAUCCGUCGAUCGUCGUGUCGAUAAAUUCAGUGUUCCGAGUGUUGUGGAUGGUACCUGUGUCGUCGUGUGCGGGAAGCCGGCGGGCCCGGAGCCCGCCACGCUUCCCGGCCUCCUGGAUGUUGCGGAUCCCUGUUCAUUGUAUUUAUUAUUCCUUCGUUGUAUCUGAAUAGAUUGUGAUGAAGUGGAAGGUGUGAGGCGGGGAAGGCCCCGGACGCACAUUCCAUCUCGAGGAUAGUGUAUGUUACUGGUGUCAGUAUUAUUUUGUAAUGAGUGUUAAGCCGGCAGCUUUACUUUAUUUUAUAAUUUAUACCUGUUAUCCCUCUGGGAUAGUGCUGUAUUAUAUUCGUUUAAAGGCUGAGAUGUGGCCCGGAAGGUAGGCUUCUUGUAAAUAUAGCCCGCAUAGGUAUUUAUUAGAUAUUUAUGAUCGUUUAUUUAUUGACUGCUUUAUUUAGUUAUCUCCGAGAUGAGCCACUGUAAGCCUAACUCGACAUAACGGUUGCAUUUUCAUUUCACCUGCUACGCAUGGCCUCGCAAAUCACUUAUUCCCAAUUGUAAUCUCAUUAUGAAUCUCCUCCUGUCUUGGUAUUUUGUGAAAAAUAAAAUAACAUUGGAUGGUGUAUAAAAUUGUCGGUCUGCAGUCUAACCAGCCAUAUUGUUAAGUUUCUGUAUAUUGUAGUUGUAGCUGCUGUCAAAAAACAACAAAAUAGCUUGGUGUUGAGAUGACACGAGUGGAUGAAGGCAUAUGUUGAACAAGUUAAUAGCUUGGUGUUGAGAUGACACGAGUGGAUGAAGGCGUAUGUUGAACAAGUUAACUUUUAUGAAUAUCUUAAGUAAAAAAAUUGGAAAGCACGAAAUGCAACAUGAUACCUUCAUUCGCCUGUAUCUUCUAAACUAAAUUUGAACCCAAUGUGAGGUGGAGUGGAAGUGUUGUACAGCCACAGUAGGCAAGGCACGGCAUGUAGGAAAGGUUGUCUGUUUAUUUGUGCCAUUUUCAAUCAAAAGGGUACUUUUUGUCGGUUGUCAAAAAGGCGCUAUUUCCAUAUAGCUUCAAUUUGAAAUCAACCUUAUUGACAAGCGACAAUGUGGUACCUUUUGGUUGAAAUGGCACAUUUAUAACCCUUGUUUAGCCCCAGCUGUGCGAGAGGCUGUUUAGACUGCAUGCAACUCAAAAAAAUAGCAAAUUAGUUAACGGGCUGUGCAGCGCGGGCGGAGCGCUGGGCCCGGGCCUCGCGGGGCCUGGAGCCCCUAGGGCCCGCGGAGGAGCCCCCAGGGGCCCCCGCGACCCGCCCGCGUCCCACGCGGCAUUCAUCAUGAGAUUGUUUAUAUAUUAUGAACAUUCCAAAGUAUUUGUAAAAUAUUACGUACAUCGCUAAUAAUUUCGAAGUAUCUGUUAAGACGCUACAUUGUUAAUUAUACAGUUUUCUAUUGAUCAUUUGUUAAAAGAAAAUUAUACGAAACUAAAUCCUUA